CAGCACAACUAUGACCUCUUGGUGAUUGGCGGGGGAUCAGGUGGCCUGGCGUGCGCCAAGGAAGCUGCUCAGUUGGGAAGGAAAGUGGCCCUGGUAGAUUAUGUGGAACCUUCCCCACGAGGCACCAGAUGGGGCCUCGGCGGCACCUGUGUCAACGUUGGCUGCAUCCCCAAGAAGCUGAUGCAUCAAGCAGCCCUGCUGGGGGGCCUGAUCCGAGAUGCCCACCACUACGGCUGGGAAGUGACUCACCCUGCCCUGCACGACUGGAGAAAAAUGGCAGAGGCCGUCCAGAACCACGUCAAGUCCUUGAACUGGGGCCACCGCGUCCAGCUGCAGGAGAGAAAAGUCUCAUACUUCAACAUCAAAGCCCACUUCAUCGAUAAGCACACGGUGUGCGGUGUUGCAAAAGGAGGGAAAGAGACUCUGCUGUCAGCUGACCACAUCGUCAUCGCCACUGGAGGACGGCCGAAGUACCCCACGCACGUGGAGGGCGCCUUGGAAUAUGGAAUCACAAGUGACGACAUCUUCUGGCUGAAGGAGUCCCCUGGAAAGACGUUGGUGGUCGGGGCCAGCUACGUCGCCCUCGAAUGUGCCGGCUUCCUCUCCGGCUUGGGCCUGGACACCACGUUGAUGAUGCGAAGCAUCCCCCUGCGUGGCUUCGACCAGCAAAUGUCUUCCUUGGUCACGGAGCACAUGACAUCUCACGGCACACAUUUCCUGAGAGGCUGCGUACCCUUGGGGGUCAAGAGGCUCCCCGACGGCCAUCUCCAGGUGACCUGGGAGGACCGGGCCUCCGGCAGAGAGGACACAGACAUCUUCAACACUGUCCUGUGGGCCAUUGGUCGAGUUCCAGAAACCCGGAGUCUGAACUUGGAGAAGGCCGGAGUCAAGGUCAACCCUGAGAGUCAGAAGAUCCUGGUGGACGCCAAGGAAGCCACCUCCGUGCCUCACAUCUAUGCCAUUGGAGACGUGGCAGAGGGGCGGCCUGAGCUCACGCCCCCGGCGAUCAUGGCAGGAAGGCUCUUAGCCCAGCGCCUCUUUGGCCAGUCCUCAGCCCUGAUGGAUUACGACAACGUUCCCACAACGGUCUUCACCCCGCUGGAGUACGGCUGCGUAGGGCUGUCGGAAGAGGAGGCUGUGGCUCGGCACGGACAGGAGCACAUUGAGGUUUAUCACGCGUAUUAUAAACCGCUGGAGUUCACAGUGGCUGAGCGGGAUGCGUCCCAGUGUUACAUAAAGAUGGUGUGUCUGCGGAAGCCCCCACAAGUGCUGUUGGGUCUGCAUUUCCUCGGCCCCAAUGCAGGCGAAGUCACUCAAGGAUUUGCUCUGGGGAUCAAGUGCGGUGCCUCCUACGCACAGGUGAUGCAGACGGUCGGCAUCCACCCGACCUGCGCUGAAGAGGUGGCCAAGCUGCGCAUCUCCAAGCGCUCGGGCCUGGACCCCACGGUGACAGGCUGCUGA